UUUCUUAAUUAUUAAGCUAAUCAGACAGACCUGACUCCAAACUUGAACCAUAACAGCACUGACCAUUAGCCCCUAAGAUGCCCAAUAAAAAGAAAGUACGCGAGGAAAUGGCACUGAACGGUGAUGGAGGGCGGGCAGAGGGCGGCUUAGAUAGUGACAUUGUCAUUUCGGGUCUGUCGGGCAAAUUGCCAGAGAGUAGCAAUAUCGAGGAAUUUAAGUACAAUCUACUUAAUGGCAUAGAUAUGGUCACAGAUGAUCCCAGGCGUUGGGAAGCAGGGAUCUAUGGUCUACCCGAACGCAUGGCGAAAAUGAAGGAUGAAGAUCUCGAGAAAUUCGAUGACAAAUUCUUCAGUGUACAUCAAAAGCAGGCCGAGCUAAUGGAUCCUUGUAUGCGCAUGUUAUUGGAACUGACACACGAGGCGAUCAUUGAUGCCGGCAUCAAUCCGGCACAGUUGCGCGGUAGUCGGACCGGUGUGUAUAUAGGACUAUCCUUUGUGGAGACAGAACACGAAAUACCCAAUAUGGAGCCAAGUACCAUCAAUGGCUAUUGUCUGACGGGUUGUGCCCGGGCCAUGUUUGCCAAUCGUAUUUCCUACACUUUUGACUUUAAGGGACCCAGUUUUAUAGUGGACACUGCUUGCUCCAGUUCAUUGGUUGCCCUAUCCCAUGCAUAUGCGGACAUGCGUGCCGGUCGCUGUGAAUACGCUUUAGUUGCGGGAGUCAAUCUAAUUCUGAAGCCCAUAUUCGCGUUACAGUUCCUGCGACUUGGAAUUGUUAGCCAGGACGGAGCCUGCAAGACUUUUGAUGCGGCAGCCAAUGGUUAUGCACGGGCAGACACAUGUGCCGUGGUGCUGCUCCAGCGCCGUUCUCAGGCGAAGCGAGUCUACGCCUCCAUACUCAAUGUUCGCACCAAUACGGAUGGAUUCAAGGAGCAGGGCGUUACCUUUCCAGAUGGCCGGCAGCAGCAGGAGUUACUCAAAGAGACGUAUGGUGAAAUAGGUCUCAGUCCCGAUGAAGUUGUCUAUGUGGAGGCCCAUGGAAGUGGUACCCCAGUCGGUGACGAUCAGGAGGCCAAUAUGUUGAGUAACUUUUUCUGCCAUCCCACGCGAACUACUCCCCUUCUCAUUGGGUCUGUCAAGUCGAAUAUGGGUCAUGCUGAGCCAGCUUCGGGAGUAAGUGCUCUUGCCAAAAUGAUAAUUGCCAUGGAGGAGGGCAUUAUACCUAGAAAUCUACAUUAUCACACACCAAAUCCUGCCGUGCCUGCCCUUGUUGAGGGGCGUCUCAAAGUCGUUGACCGAAAUCUGCCUUGGCAUGGUGGAAUUGUUGGCCUCAAUUCAUUUGGCUUCGGUGGAGCCAAUGCUCAUGUCAUACUCAAAUCUCACGGCAAGGCGAAAAAGCCCAAGGCAGUUGCCAAGUCAUCGGAGUCCCUGAAACUUGUCAUUUGUUCCGGACGCACUGAGGAAGCAGUCCAACAACUGCUUCAGUCGGCUAUUGAGCAGCGAACAGAUGAUGAAUUCCUCACCCUUAUCAAUGAUAUCCAUUCACAUGCCAUUCCACUGCAUCCAUAUCGAGGCUACGCCGUGCUGGGUGCCUCGGGGGCAGUUAAGCAGGAAAUUCUGCCCUACGAGGAAGAACCGCGACCCAUUUGGUUUGUAUAUGCCGGCAUGGGUAGUCAAUGGGCCAGUAUGGCCAAGGAUCUGAUGCACUUGGAGGUGUUUCGUCAAUCCAUACAGCAUUGCGCCGAGGUUCUGGCACGGAUGGACUUUGAUCUGAUCGACGUGUUAACUCGGUCAACAGAGCGCACUUUCGACAACAUGCUCUACUCAUUUGUGUCCAUUUCAGCAGUUCAGGUUGCUUUGACGGAUCUGCUUCGAGCUCUGAAUAUCCGUCCAGAUGGUAUUAUUGGUCAUUCGGCGGGUGAGUUGGGUGCCGCCUACAUGGAUGGAUGUCUGACGGCCGAGCAAACCGUUCUUGCGGCAUAUUGGCGUGGCAAGAGUGUUCUGGAGACGCCAGAUUUGCCGGCGGGUAAAAUGGCUGCAGUGGGUUUGGGUUGGAAUGAGAUUGCCUCAUAUCUGCCUGCAGAUUGUUAUCCAGUGUGUCAUAAUAGUGACGAUAACUGCACAGUGUCUGGUCCCAGUGACUCGAUGGAUAAGGCGAUUGAGCAACUACAGUCUCAAGGAAUAUUCGUCAGAGCCGUUGGUUCUGGUGGUUUUGCUUUUCACAGUCCCUACAUCGAGGGAGCUGCUCCGAUGCUGCGCAAGAACCUGGAGAAGCUAAUAACCGAACCCAAAGAGCGAUCUCCACGCUGGUUAAGCACCAGUGUGCCGGAACAGGAAUGGCAAUCGCCAUGGAGUCGUGUGGCUACGGCUGGAUAUUUUAUCAACAAUCUCAUAUCGCCGGUUCUCUUCAAUGAAGCUAUACGUCAUAUACCCAAGAACGCCUUAAUUGUUGAGAUUGCCCCUCAUGGACUUUUCCGGGCCAUCCUACGAUCCCUGGGACCGCAGGUGAGUUAUGUGAGUCUCAUGCAACGCGGUCAUGCCAACAAUUUGGAGUUCCUGCUUAGCCAACUGGGACAACUGUACGCAAGCGGUGGUCAGCCCGAACUGCUUAAGAUGUACCCAUCUGUAAGUUAUCCCGUGUCACGGGGAACACCAAUGCUGAGCUCUCUGGUGGGCUGGGAUCAUUCACAGAAAUGGAAUUAUCCCAAAUUCAAGGGCGGACGACAGUCCGGUCAGUGGUGCGUUGAGCUAGAUCUGGCCAAAGAGGAGCAUGUGUAUCUGGCGGGGCACACAAUCGAUGGUCGUGUUCUGUUUCCAGCCACUGGUUACAUGACUCUAGCAUGGAUGAUGUUGGCUCAGCAAAACGGCAACGAUUAUCUUCGCACUCCCGUCGUCUUUGAAGAUGUCGUCUUCCAUCGCGCCACCAUCCUGAGUGCGGGCGCUGCCACUAAGUUAGCCCUGAACUACUUUCAAGGUAAUGGCACCUUUGAGAUUUGCGAGGGCAGCAGCCUAGUGGCCUCCGGAAAAAUACGCCUGGUGGCCGAUGGCCAGGAAGAGCUACUUAAACUGACUCCAUUGCCCGGCAGUACGGGAUCGAUUAAACUCUCCACCAAAGAUGUCUACAAAGAACUGCGUCUACGCGGCUAUGACUAUAGUGGAGCCUUUCAAGGCAUUCUCGGAGCGGAUAUUCCAGCUGUGACUGGACAUUUGCAAUGGGCAGACAAUUGGAUCAGUUUUAUGGACACCAUGCUGCAAUUUCGUAUACUCAGCAAUGACAUUCGAGAGCUGUAUGUGCCGACAGCUAUUGAGCGAGCUGUCAUUGAUCCACUUAAGCAUUUGGAGCUGGUUAAGAAGCAUCAACAAAAGUUGCCAGUCCACUGGCAUCGCAACAUAUCGGUGGUCAAGUGCGGUGGCGUGGAGAUUCAUAAAAUGAAAACGGCGCAGACCCAACGGCGUUCCGGUGGUCAGGGUGCUCCCAGCCUAGAACGCUAUACCUUCAUUCCCCACAUGGGUUCGAAUCGAACUAAGGACACAGCCUUGGCGGUGGCCAUGCAACUAAUCAUCGAGAACAGCGGCGAUGCAGUGAAGCUAAAGGGCGUAGAAGUGGUUAAAGGUCAGAGUCAACCGGAAAUUCUCAAUGCUGGUAAAUUGUUGCAGUUGAUUGAAAGUGAACCGAUUUUGGUUGGCGACAUUGCAGUGUCCACGAAUACCGAAAACGAAGAGGAACUUUCUUCACAAAUGCAAGAGUGUGGUGUCAGGACCAUAGUUAAGGAUCUACAAGCUGGUCCUGUGGAACAGCAGUGCCAUUUUGUGCAUGUACAUGACCUUCUUGGUAAGCCUACAACUUGCACUCAACUCCAACACGGUAUGGAAUCCCUAAGGGACGGUGGAUUUGUAUUGCUGGAUGAGAAUGUAAAUAUUUAUAAUCAGAGUGGAAGGACGCAGUUGGAGCAACAGCAAUUGUUGCCAGUUUUAGAGCAAUCCUAUGGGCAUGAACGUAUUCUAGUGCUUGCCAGAAAGACCGCGGGCAAACUGAGCCCGCAACCUCUUGUAGUACGGCUGACAAAGAAUCACUACAAUUGGGUAACUGAGCUUAAGAAUGCCCUAGUCAAGGGCCAAACAGAGCAACGCCUGGUUUACUUAGUGGCCCAAGGAGACUCCAGUUCAGGCGCUUUGGGUCUGAUUAAUUGCCUUAGGCGGGAGCCAGGCGGCGGCAAUUUAGUCAGACUGAUUCUUAUACUAGACGAGGGCAUAGCUCCUUUCUCAUUCGAUGAAGGCUUUUAUGGCAAUGAAAUAUCCAAAGACUUGGCCAUUAAUGUCUACAAACAGGGCAAAUGGGGUACCUACAGACAUCUUCGGCUGGAGUCCCAGCAACCGUUGCUGCCCGUUGAGAGAGCAUAUGUCAAUACAUUAAUCAAGGGCGAUCUCUCGUCCCUAAAAUGGAUCGAGAGUCCGCGCGGUGUUAGUUCAGCCCAAGCUCACUUUGAGCCGUGCACCGUCUACUAUGCUCCGCUUAAUUUCCGCGAUGUGAUGUUGGCAUCCGGUAAACUGGGGGUAGAUGCUCUUCCCGGGGAUCUAGCCUAUCAGGAUUGCGUUUUGGGAUUGGAAUUCGCUGGACGAGACUCGAAGGGACGCAGAGUUAUGGCCAUGGUAUCGGCCAAAUCGUUAGCCACCAAUUGUCUGGCAAAUCCUAAUCUUAUCUGGAGCAUACCCAAACAAUGGUCCAUGGAGGAGGCAGCCACUGUUCCAUGCGUCUACGCCACUGUCUACUAUGCUUUGGUGGUGCGUGGACAGAUGAAGAAGGGCGAGCGCAUUCUCAUUCAUGCCGGUUCCGGAGGUGUUGGUCAGGCUGCAAUCUCGGUGGCUUUGCAUCAUGGUUUGACUGUCUUCACCACUGUGGGCAGCAAAGAGAAGAGAGAGUUCCUACUGAAACGUUUCCCCAAACUAAAAAGUCGGCAUAUCGGCAACUCCCGUGAUACAACAUUUGAGCAAAUGGUUCUCUCGGAAACCAAUGGCGAAGGUGUGGAGUUGAUUCUGAAUUCCCUAUCCGAAGAGAAGCUUCAGGCUUCCAUUCGUUGCCUGGCGUUGAAUGGACGUUUCCUGGAAAUUGGAAAAUUUGAUUUGAGCAACAAUAGUCCAUUGGGCAUGUCAGUGUUCCUCAAGAACACCUCCUUCCAUGGCAUUCUGCUGGACAGUGUGAUGGAGGGUGAGGAAGCAAUACAAAAGCAAGUAGCAGCUUUGUUAGCCGAUGGAAUCGAGAGUGGAGCUGUAUUACCACUGCCAAUUACUGUCUAUGCGGAUCAGGAAAUCGAAAAGGCCUUUCGAUUCAUGGCCUCCGGCAAACACAUCGGCAAAGUGGUCAUUAAAGUGCGCAGUGAGGAGCCGGAGUUGACAUCAGUUUUACCUUCACCACGACAAAUCAAUGCCAUUCCCCGCUCAUAUAUGCAUCCGGAGAAAAGUUACAUUCUAAUUGGAGGACUUGGUGGUUUUGGUCUCGAAUUGGCUCACUGGUUGGUAUCACGGGGAGCCCGAUAUCUCGUGUUGAGUUCUCGAUCUGGUGUCCGAACUGGCUAUCAAGCUCUAAUGAUUCGACGCUGGCAUGAUCGUGGUGUUCAGGUUGUAGUCGACACAAAUGACGUGACCACGACAAAUGGUGCCAAGAAGCUAUUGGAGACCAGCAAUAAACUGGGCCUGGUCGGAGGCAUUUUCAACUUGGCAGCCGUCUUGCGCGACGCUCUGAUUGAGAAGCAAACAGCUAAAAAUUUCCAAGUGGUCACUGCACCAAAGCUAUUGGCCACCGAGCAGUUGGAUCAACUAUCCCGUAUUAUGUGCCCGGCCCUAGAGUACUUCAUAUGCUUCUCCAGUCUGGCGUGCGGUCGCGGCAAUCCGGGUCAAACAAACUAUGGCCUUGCCAACUCUACAAUGGAACGCAUCUGUGAGCAGCGGCAGUCCGAUGGUUAUCCUGGCACUGCCAUUCAGUGGGGAGCUAUCGGAGACACUGGCCUGAUUAUGGAGCAUAUGGGCAAUAAUGAAACUGUUGUGGGUGGCACUUUGCCGCAACGGAUGAAUAGUUGCCUUGAUACCAUCGAUUUUUUCCUGCAACAGCCUCACCCGGUAUUGGCCUCCAUGGUUGUGGCAGAGAAACGAAAAGCAGAGCAAUCGAAUCGAUUAAGCCUCAUUUCAACCAUAGCCAACAUAAUGGGCUUGCGCGACGUAAAGUCCAUACAGGAUAAAACAACGCUCUUUGACCUGGGCAUGGACUCGCUGAUGAGCACCGAAAUAAAACAGACGCUAGAGCGACACUUUGAUUUGGUGUUAUCGGCCCAGGAGAUCCGGCAAUUGACGUUCAGUGCAUUGAAGCAGAUCGAUGCCCACGAAUCGGUGGUUACCGCAGCGGCGUCUCCAGAGGCCGUGUCUUCCUCAAACCAGACUGAACAAACUGCCAUUGGCCAGUCAGAUGAAACUCGCAAGGUAUUCGCCAAGGAAGUAUUACCCCAGCAAGUCUUGGUGCGCUUGCACUCUAAGGCAACGGCGGCCAGCAAUGAGCCAGCCGUGUUCUUCCUCGCUCCCAUCGAAGGAUUCACAAUAGCAGUGGAAACUCUGGCCGCAUCCCUCACAUGUCCUGCCUAUGGACUGCAGUGCACUGAACAGGUGCCCUUGGAUUCCAUUGAAGCCUGUGCCGCCUACUACCUGGGUCAAAUUCAAAAACUCCAGCCUCGUGGUCCCUACAACAUUGUUGGCUAUUCCUACGGCUGCCUUCUGGCCCAUGCCAUUGGUGUGGCAUUGGAGCAGAGGCGUUUUGGUGUCAAAGUAAUCAUGCUCGAUGGAGCCCCGACUAUGGCCAGUGGUUAUGUGCAGGAGGCUAAGAAACAAACCGAUGAUCUAAAUCGACAACAAUCCAUGACUCUGGCGUACUUUGGAGCUCUGUUAGCGGAUGUCGACUAUAAUCAGUUGUUGCAACUGUUGGAUGGUGUUAAAACUUGGACAUCGAAGCUUGAUAAGUUGGCUGAUACCCUGGCAGUUCAUACGCAACAAACCAAGGAUGUGAUCAAGAAAGCCGCCUGCAUGUUCAAACAAAAACUCUUACUCUCGGAGAGCUAUAAGGGAGCCAAGCAGCUGCAUAGCGAUGUGGUGCUAAUCAAAUCAGCUGAACACAAUGCAAUUAUGGCCCAGGAUUAUGGCCUCAAAGAGAUUUGUAGCGCCCAAAUCGAUAUGCAUGUGGUGGAGGGGACGCAUCGAACUUUCCUGAAGGAGGCACAAACCCUACAGAUUAUCGAACGCGUUCUAAGUAAACGGGUUUAGUUUUAUUUCCUAGUUAUAUACUGUAUGAUUUAUUCUAUAGCUAUUAAAAUUAAAUUUGAUCAUUUAA